ACAAAGCGCUUUAAGCAAUAAAAAUUCAUAUAUAAAUGUGAAUUUGUCACAGCGAAUCUUGACAGUAAAAUAUCAAAAUUUGUACCGCACAGGUCGUCGAGUGAAUGCAGCUAAUUUACAAUUUGAAGGAAAAUAAUUAUUGAAAGUGUGAAUAGAAAUCAAAGAAUAUCGUUUCGAGAGACAAAAACAAAAACAACUAAGCAAAAAAUCGCAAGCAUCAUAAAUGAACAUCCGCUAUCGAAUUAAAAAUGCAAAAAUACUGAAAAUUGCAAACAUUUUUUAUGAUCAUAUUGGCUGUGAUAAUUAAUUGUAUAAAUUUGUGGAUAUUUGAUAAUUGGUUAAAAAAAUUUGAAAAAAAAAAUAGAAACGAAAAUUUGUCAACUAAAAAAUCAGUGGUAAAUGAAACUAGCGCUAAUCGAGCAAAACAGGAGUGUGCCCAAAUUUUUCCAUACACACAUUUUUAUUGAAUUUCGUUGUGCUCAUUUCAAGGUGUGCCGACGUAAAUACAUAGUUUUGUAAACAAAUUCAAAUCAUUACAAGGACAUACCUUGGGUAACUUACUUUGAGUGUCUUCGAGUUUCAAGUGUUUGCAACGAAAAACAAAUAUCAGUAAUGGCCAAAUUCGUCGUCAUCGCACUCUGCGUUUUUGCGUCACUGGCUGCCCACAAUCUUUGUGUCUAUGCGCAGGAACGCAUUAAUAAUUAUUUGGAUGUUGAGACUCCAAAUUUUUUCCAAUACAAUUCACCACUGAGGCAACCGGAUAGUCUACGCUCGCCGCAAUACUUUGAUUUCCUGAGUACACUGUACCGCCGAGAUGCCACUAAGGCGGAUCUUUUCCGUCCGUACGUGAGAUCCCGUCGGGCCGCUGUCGAUGCACCGCUCUCUGUGCCAUUAGAUGUGUCUUUGUCGCCUGUGGCCGCCGUUGCAGCGUCGGGAGCUGCAUUGCUCGAUGAGCGCCCACGUCGCGCCAUCGUUUUCCGGCCGCUGUUUGUCUACAAGCAACAACAAAUUCGUAAGGAGGAUUUGUCGAAACGUCGUCGUCGCGUGUAAGACAAUCUAACAAAAAAAAAGCAAAGAUAAAACUUUUUAUCCUUUUUGGCCAUCUAAAAGUUACACUGCGAUCUUACGUUUUUAUUUUUUUUAUACUUAAUCUUUAUUCACAUUUUAUAUUUUACAUUUUGUAUUUUGUAUUUAUGAAAUUGCAUUCGACCUUUUCUUGCAUCCACUUUACACUUCAAUCGCCCUUUUCACCCAUAAAUUCCUAAUUUUUUAUUAGCUUACAUACAUUCACUUAACUCAACGUUUAUAAUCAUUUUAAAGCAGCACAUUUUUUCGUAACUUAAAGAAAAGAAAAUAGAAUAUGGAAUAAUCUCGAAUUCCGUCACGAAACAUUGUUCAUAAAAUAUUUGUAUGAAUUAAAUUUUUUGAUAUAUCCCUAUAUAUAUGUAUGUAUGUAUGCACUAAUUGGUCUAGACUUAGUUUCUUAUAAUUUAAGUAUGUGGAAUAAAAUUUGGAAUUCAAUUUCUUUCUUAACUGAGCAUAAUUUAAGGAGCGAAUAUUUGUUACUGUAAAACAUAACAAAUAUGUGUGAACCGAUGUUAGUUUUAUUAACUGUGUUGAAAAUAAGUUACAAAAUUAUGUAAAAGUAAAUUGUUAAAUUCUUUUUAGUCAAAAUCUAAAUGCACGCCAUUAUAACUAAUUUAUAAAUUUUAAAUAUUUAUGUAUAUACAUAACCAAAUAAAUGAACAU